UGGGGCAGCGCUUCUAGCAUGAAUUGCAUUUGUUAAAUGAUUAAAACCAGGUAGCCUACGCUUUCUUUCACUAAGGAAACAGUGUUUUUGCCAUUUUCACUUUGAAUUUGUGUUGUUUUGAUGAAUGCGUUGCCCUGGCACCAGUUGUAUGCCUUCUGCCUUCUUUAUUCCCCGCGGCAAACUGAGAGUCUAGUCUACUUUUUGAUCAGUCUGUAAAUUAAUGUCUCUGGAACUUUUUGGCACUUUUCAAAUAAAAAAAUCACCCCAGUCUGAAGUUGCUACUUAAAAUGUCUCGGCUACAAAUGAUGUUACCAACUUCACACGUUUUAUGAAACCACCCCAGAGCAGCCUCUGAAUUUGUUGGACGUCCCCUGAAGGCAUGACUGUCUUUCGCCGGCUACUGAGGCGGCGGCUGCAGCCCUGGAAACUGUUGAUUGUGGCCCUCAUUUUUCUCACAUCCCUGUUCCUGAUCCAGCGUGAAGUAGUGAUGGAGACUCAAGAAGACGGCCCCUUGUUGGGGGGGAUCGCGGUCAAACGGGACACCGUGUUGGACAUGGUGAUAGGGGCCGUCCAUAAUCUGGGGGGCGGCGCGGGGCCCAAGAUGCAGAUCAAAGCCCCCGUCCGUAAGCCGGACGACGCGGACGUCUCCUGUUUGCCGGGCCGGUACACCGCCGCCGAGCUGAAGCCGGCUUUGGAACGGCCGCCCCAGGACCCCGGCGCUCCGGGCGCGUCGGGGAAGCCCUUCCUCACGGACGAGCUGAGCCCCGCCGAGCAGGAGGAGAAGGACCGGGGCGAGAAGAAGCACUGUUUCAACCUCUACGCCUCCGACCGCAUCUCACUGAGCCGCGACUUGGGGCCCGACACCAGGCCCCCGGAAUGCAUAGAGCAGACCUUCAAGCGCUGCCCGCCCUUGCUGACCACCAGCGUGAUCAUCGUGUUUCACAACGAGGCGUGGAGCACGCUGCUACGCACGGUCUACAGCGUCCUCCACUCCUCCCCCGCCAUCUUCCUGAAGGAGAUCCUGCUGGUGGACGACGCCAGCGUGGACGAGGCCCUCCACGAGCAGCUGGAUGACUACCUGAAGCGGCUGCACCUGGUGCGGGUGCUUCGGCAGCGGGAGAGGAAGGGCCUGAUCUCCGCCCGGCUGCUGGGCGCCUCCGAGGCCACCGGGGACGUCCUCACCUUCCUCGACGCGCACUGUGAGUGUUUCCACGGAUGGCUGGAGCCCUUACUGGCCCGAAUAGCCGAGAACUACACAGCGGUGGUGAGUCCUGACAUCACCACCAUCGACCUCAACACGUUCGAGUUCAUGAAGCCCUCCCCCUACGGGCAGAACCACAACAGGGGGAACUUUGACUGGGGUCUGGCCUUUGGCUGGGAGAACUUGCCCGACCACGAGAAGCGCAGGAGAAAUGAUGAGACUUGUCCAAUCAGGACACCCGCGUUUGCUGGGGGGCUGUUUUCUAUCUCGAAGGAGUACUUCUAUCACAUUGGAAGCUACGAUGAAGCAAUGGAAAUCUGGGGUGGAGAGAAUAUAGAAAUGUCUUUCAGAGUGUGGCAGUGCGGGGGGCAGCUGGAGAUCAUCCCGUGCUCCAUCGUGGGGCAUGUCUUCCGCUCCAAGAGCCCCCACACCUUCCCCAAGGGCACCCAGGUGAUUGUGCGCAACCAGGUGCGCCUGGCCGAGGUCUGGAUGGACGACUACAAGGAGGUCUUCUACCGGCGGAACCACCUGGCCGCGCAGAUGGCCAAAGAGAGGUCCUUCGGUAACAUCUCGAAGCGCGUGGAGCUUCGGGAGCGUCUCCAGUGCAAGAGCUUCUCCUGGUAUCUGAAGACCGUGUAUCCUGAGGUCUUCAUGCCUGACCUCAAGCCUGUCCGCUCUGGCUCGGUGAAGAGCAUUGGCAAAAACCAGUGCUUGGAUGCCGGCGAGAACAACGAGGGCGCUAAACCGCUAAUCCUGUACCCCUGCCAUGGGCUUGGAGGAAACCAGUAUUUUGAGUAUUCGACGCGCCACGAGGUCCGGCACAACAUCCAGAAGGAGCUGUGCCUGCAUGCCGCGGAGGGAGCCCUGAAGCUGGAGGAAUGCCAGUACAAGGGCCACAGCACCUUCCCUGGGCCCGAGCAGAAGUGGGAGAUUAAGAAGAACAAGCUGCUGUGGAACCAUGGGUGGAAGCAGUGUCUGAGUGCCAGAGGAGAGCACCCCACCCUGGAGGACUGCAACCCGUCUGACAGCUUCCAGCUUUGGGUCUUCACCUGAGACGCCCCCCCCCGGGACCCUGCAAGGACAUGGAGAUAAGUCCCUUUCCAGAGCCGCUGAUGGACUGGAUUUCUCAUGUUUACCAUUUUUUUUCUUUUUUAAAUUAAUUUUUGUAUGGAUACACGAGCACACAGAAUCAGUUUUUUUUCCUUCUUUUUUGGAGGGCGGGUGGGCGUGGCAAAUAUUGCAUUCUACGAUGCAACAAAUGGGCACUUAACUUACUGUACUUAUGGCUUAAAGGGGCGUGGCCUUACCUCAGGAGAGAGGCGGGUCUUGUGGUGAAAGGAUUUGUGGAGAGCAGGAAUUUUCAGAGAGGAGAAGCUCUGUCUUGUGGCGACAGAUUUGAUAACCAAAAUUGGUUCUUGGAUGCCAAUCGCGGGACACAAUGAGUGGUCUUUUGGACAUAGCCUUCAAGUCUCCAAUUUAUGAGAAUGUCCAUAUGUGAUGUUAUUUCAGCCAGUGGAAUCAAAUAUGGCAGCUAUCAACAACUGGACGUAACUGGGAUGUAACUUCUGUUUGCAAUAAUGUAAUAAUACGAUGUUCUGGUAAUGAAAGCUUUGCGUUAACAUCAGCAAAGCAAAGUACAAUAAAGUAAAAAGACUGAAAACUGAA